AUGAAGUUACUCUCUGAGACCAAUAUUUCGAACAGUCACAGCUAUUUGUCUGAAAAACACGCCGUUGACGAGAGCGAUGGGGAAGAUAGUAUUGCGUACACUGUUACCGAGCAGCCGAUCGGAACCAGACGUCCACUACGACUGGUCUGCUUGGGUGCUGGGUAUUCAGGACUCAUGAUAGGCAUCAUGUUCAAUGAACAGAGGAAAGAUAAAAAUGCGGAGCUAGUCAUUUACGAACGAAACAGCGAUCUCGGAGGAACUUGGCUUGAGAAUCGGUAG